CAAAAAAAGUAAAACACAGACGAUGCCUGGGUGAGGCCAUAUUCCUAAUUUCCGAAUUUGGCGGGAGUAGAACUCCUUGUUAAAAUAUAAACUGCUUGAUAUUCUCCAUAAUGAACUCCAUGGCUGCAAGGCGAACCACCAUGGACGACGAAGAAAUCGGAAAAGCCGCAAUGUUGCAAUCGAACACUAACGCUUACGCUCAAACGCAGGCUCGCCGGAAGGGCAUCGGAGUAAAGGUGUGGCUCGUCGUGUCGGAGACUGGGCAGUCACAUCUUGAGGAGGUUGAAAAGCACUCCAUCAUGAGGCGUACCGGCUUGCCGGCACGUGAUCUUCGUGCUCUUGAUCCGAUGUUGUCAUACCCAUCCUCCAUUCUGGGACGCGAAAGAGCCAUCGUCAUCAAUUUGGAGCACAUUAAAGCUGUGAUUACGGCCAAGGAGGUCCUCUUGAUCAAUAGCUCUAAUACAUUGUUUGCUCAAUUUGUUCAAGAUCUUGAAACUCGCGUUUCUACUUCUAAUGGAGUGCCCAUACAAAUGAGUAAAGAACAGGAUACUGAGUCCACAAGCAAUCAUCUGCCUCCUUCCUUGCGCAGUCGUCGUCAUUCCCAAAAGAAUUCAAUCAAAGGAACGUCUGAGAUUAUUAAUACUUUUUCAGAUACGUCAGAUGUUGAUGUUAAAGAGGAAAGCCACAAAAGUUCAGAUGAUGAGCCAGUGGCUGCAGCUCCUAAGCAGUUGCCUUUCGAAUUCAGAGCACUUGAAGCUUGUCUUGAAUCUGCAUGCAGGUGCCUUGAAUCUGAGACUCAUACAUUGGAAGAAGAGGCUUACCCAGCUCUAGAUGAACUGACUUCUCAAAUUAGCACCCUCAAUCUUGAACGCGUGAGAGAGAUCAAGAGUCGUCUGGUUACACUUUCUGGUCGUGUGCAGAAGGUAAGAGACGAACUCGAGAAUUUGUUAGACGAUGACAAUGACAUGGCUGAAAUGUACUUGACGCGAAAGCUUGCUUCUCGCUCCCUAGAUCAAUCAUCGCCAAGAGAAGUUUCUUCAAUUGAAGAAGAUGACAAAAUAGCUGAAGAUUCCAAUUCAGAACACUCUGAUAUUUCUUCCACUGUUAAGCCCGACGUUGAGGAAUUGGAGAUGCUCAUAGAAGCAUAUUUUGCACAGAUAGAUGGCAUAUUGCAAAAACUGUCCGAUAUGAGCGAGUACGUGGACGACACAGAGGACUGCAUCAACAUCAUGUUGGAUGAUAAGCAGAAUCAGCUGCUGCAGGUAGGAGUAAUACUCAAUACAGCAAACAUGAUACUAAAUGCCGGCAUCGUGGUGGUAGGUUUGUUUGGGAUGAAUAUUCAUAUCAGUUUGUAUGAGGGAACAAAUAGACAAUUCUGGGAAAUAGCUUUGGGCACGCUUGGAGGCUGUAUUGGAUUAUAUGUUAUAGCUGUUGGAUGGGGCAAGAAGAGAUAUUUGCUGCCUUCUUAGAGGAGACCAGACCGCCAGUGAUCCGUGGGACAGAUGUGUUGACAUGUAUAUAAUUGGAAUAAUCACAUCCAAGGACCCGCCAAAAACCUCAUUUAUAGGCAAGGAUUAAUAUAGAAUAGAUUAUUAUUAAAAUAGAAACAUGUAUUUUU